AUGAAUGCAAGUGGGGCAAAUGAAACGUUAGCGGUUCAUCAUCAACUAACUUCACAAGCGCUGUACAGAAUUGUUCCAAUAACAAUAUAUGGAAAUGGUGUUACCUGCAACAUUUAUGCCUUUCUGGAUGACGGAUCUGGUCCAACGUUGAUAGAAAAAGACGUAUUAAGACAACUGCGGAUUAAAGGUGAAACGAAAGAUCUUUGUUUACGAUGGACAGAUGGUACGGUACGCAAGGAACCUGAUUCUGAGCUGGUCAACCUGCAAGUCUCCAAAAUACGAGAAGGUAAAAGGGAAACGUUAAAUUUACACAUCUGUGAAUGCGAUGAUGAUCUAAGUUUGCAGCGUUUAGUGAAAGAUUUUGUAAGUAAUGAAAACGUUAUUGAAAGUCGAGAAAAACUAAAAAAUAUGGAGUUGGAACAACAAAAGACAAGAUUGCUUUGGAAAUCAAAUAAUAUUACUAUGCCAGAUAAUUACCUAAUGGCGCUGCGUAAACUUCAGUGCUUUGAGCGCAAGCUGCAAUCCAAUGUAACGUUGCAAAGCUGGGUGUGUGAUCACAUCGACGACAUGAAGUCGAAAGGUUAUAUACGCCAGCUGAAAUCUAACGAAGCCGAGGAGUAUUAUCCACCUGCACAAUACGACGGAGUCUCGUUAAACGCGUGUUUGGAGAAAGGUCCAGAUCUGCUCACUUCGUUGGUAGAUGUUCUUGUUAAUUUCGGAAUCGGAAAAAUUGGUAUAAGUGGCGACAUACAAGAAAUGUUUCAUCGAGUACUCGUGAAAGAAGAAGAUCAACAUUCACAACGCUUCCUGUGGAGAAAUUGUGACGAUAGCAGACCCCCAGACGUUUAUUUGCUACAAGUUAUGAGUUUUGGGGCAACAUGUUCACCAUCGUUGACACAACUGGUAAAAAAUAGCAAUGCACGCGAAUACGAAGCCGAGUUGCCGCGAGCAGUGAAAUUUUGGCGAAGUGGAGUUAGCUGGGAUGACACUAUUCCUAAUGAGCUAGUCGAUGAGUGGAACAAAUGGCUGUUGCUGCUUGGCGGUGUGAAAAAUGUGAAGAUACCGAGAUGUUACUUCGCUACGGUUAAUAAGGAUGCAGACUCCAUUGAAUUGCAUGUCUUUGUGGACGCAAGUGAGGUUGCAUAUGCAGCGGUUGUGUACCUAAGAGCGAAGAGUCGCAACAACAUAGAUGUUUCCUUGAUAUGUUCUAAAGCAAAAGUUGCACCAUUACGACCAAUAUCAAUUCCAAGACUGGAACUACUCGUGGCGGAAUUGGGAGCACGCCUAGGAAACAACAUCAAAAGGUCAAUAGACUUGAAAGUGACCAGUAUAACGUAUUGGAGCGAUUCAAAGGCUGUUCUAUCGUGGAUAAAAUCUGACCCACGAGAUUACAAACAAUUUGUAAUGUUCCGCAUAGCAGAAAUCCUGGAGUUGUCCGAGGCGGAACAAUGGCGGUACAUUCCUACUAAAUUAAAUGUUGCGGACUUGGCUACAAAACAAACUAGUAAUCCAGACUUUACUUGGAAAAACCCUUGGUAUAAGGUACCGAAGUUCCUGUAUGAAGCAGAAACUUGUUGGCCAAAUAAUGUUGGCGUACAGAAAUAUAACGAAGGUUCUGAAAUCAGAAAGCAACGAUUGUUGGUGGCUCAUGUAGCAGAGGAGGAACCUAUCAUAGAUGUCUACCGAUUUUCAGAGUGGGAACGUUUAGUUCGAUGCAUGGCCUAUGUGAAAAGAUUUAUGUUUUUACUAUCAACUAAUGAAAUGAAAAAGAUGAAAUCUGUAAACCAAUGCUUGUCAGUCGAGAAACUGAAAUGGAGUGAAAAUUUCUUGUACCAAACAGCCCAGUUACAGAAUUACAAGAAAGAAAUGACCGCAUUAAGUAGAGACGCUAAUAUUACUCCAUCUAAAAGUAGCCCUUUGCGAAAACUUUCACCAUUCACAGAAUGUUUUAAGAAUGAAAGGUAG